AUGAUACGUAUCAUGUGCCCUCUAACAGAUCUUCAACGACCUCUUUUGAUAUCUUUGGCUACCAAGAACAAUGAUCAACAACCUGGAGAAGCAUAUAUGGUCCUCGAUCCCAAUAGAGAUAUAUUCGAUCAAUUGGCUUAUCAAAUCAACAUGAAAAAUGUUCAAAACUAUGAUGACUUUAAAAAUAUAUUUUUAAAUGAAAGGGUAACUGGUACUACUACUACUAGAUUACCAUAUUGGGCAAAUGAUAGAAAUAAUAUUAUAAUGAAAGAAUCAAUGUUAGAUACACAUAUUUUAUCAGUUGGAGGGUUUCCUGGAAUGCUUGCCAUAAUUGGAGGUGAACUUGAUAAUGAAAGAGAAAUGAUUGGAACAGAAUUGGAUAAUCAGAAAUGGAUAUCUAUUAAAAAUCGAGUAUUUGGUUCAAUGACCCAUAAAUCAAUGUUUAAUUUAAUAGUCAAUCGUAUCAAUCAUGACAAAGAACUGUGUCACCAUGCACUCAAUAUUCUCAAUGAGCCACCUGAUCAUAGAUAUAGAAUGGAGUCAUGGAUUGUAGUACUCGGAUGGAUAGAGUUUAUAGUUGCAUUACUCGUUUUGAUAUUCAUAGCAUUUGUAUCACACACUAUAUACAAAACAAGACACUUGGAGUUUAAUAAAUAUUGGCGAUCAAGAUUACUCAUAUGUGGUAGUGCCUUUGUUUGGGUAAUUGCAUUAUUAUUGGGUAAUGAUUUCUUGUGGAGACCAAAUGAAGGUUUAUUUGGAUCAAACGAAGCAUACUACAAAUAUAUUUGCAAUAUACAUGUAUUUUUUACGGUUGGUUCGGCAGAACCUUUAUUCUUUGUUGUAUUUUUAUUUAUUAUAAAGUCAAAGACUAGUCAAAAGGGUAAUUCAUUGUAUAUGGAAGACCCAAAUUAUUAUGUUUUCAAAUGGUCGAUAUUAUGUACAAUCCCUAUUGUAAUCGUUCAUAUAAUCAUUCUUAUUCUCGAUUCUUCAAGUAUAUCCGAACCAAGACAAUUGUUUUGGACAACAUAUGACUCUGAACGAGGCAAAUGUGCUGUACCAAUCAUCUCUACCGCAGCCUUUGCUAUUUUCUUUGUCAUCUUUUUGUUGUUUUUCUUUGUCAUUACAAAUAGAUUCUCAAAGACUAUUCUAAAUAGAAAUUUAAUCAAUAGAAUUAGAUUGUCACUUGGAUCAUUUGUUUUAUUCUUGCCUUUGGAAGUUGCCAUUCGUGUAGUUUUAAUCUUUACAUUAAAGUUUGGUAAUACAAGUUUAGGAUUAUUCCAUGCAUUCUUUUUUGUAGAUGUAGCAGUUGCGUUGGUAGCGAUUCUAGAGUUUGCAUUGUUCCCAGUUCUCGACUCUAUUGGAUUUAGAAUUUCAUUUACCAAUCUUAGAUUGACCAAACAGUCGAUCAACAAGUUGAUGCGCAACGAUUACGAUGGUGCAGGUAUCAGCCAAUGCGAUCACAAGGAUGUUAUCUCUGUACAUACAAAUCAACAAGACAUGUCUAAUAGUAACAACAUAAUGACUCCAUUGUCUCAAUCGACUACUGGCGCAGGCGGCGCCGAGCAACAGAUGGACCAAAACCAAAUCUUGAAACAAAAGUUCUUUGACAAUUUGGCCAGCAAUAAGAACGGCGGUGCUGGCGACACUGGCAAUGGAGCAGGUGGCAUCUUGACGAUUGGCGACGACGAUGACGACUUUAUAUUCAACGAUAAUCCAGGUAGCGGUGACGGACAACAUGUCAUUGAAAUGGACAGACUUUCAUCCAACAGCGGCAGUGGUAGUGGUGGUGGCACCACUCAUCGCAGUCCAAAGAGUCCUGCAUUUGAUAGAGUGUUACAUACCGAUGACAUUAAUCGUCCAGUCUCCCCGCUAUCCACUCCUCUUUCUAGUGCCUCCUCAUCUAGUAAAUCACCUCCAUCUGUAUUCUCUUUAAAUAAUAAUAAUAAUAACAAUAAUAAUAAUAACCAACAACAAACAGGAUAUCAAGCACCAUCAUCGGGUGGCCAUGAAAGAAAGAAAUCAAGAAGAUUCAGUUUAUCUGCCAAGAAACAUAAACAAAUGAAAGAAAAAGAACAACAGUCACAAUCACCAUCCUCAUCAAAUCCAUCAUCACCAACUCUUGCUUCAGUCUCGACAUCCCCUCCCAACAAUCAAUCAAACGUUCGAUCAAUGUUCCAACCAACCCCAGUAGAUGAUUUUAAAAAUCAACUAAUGAAGUAUUCGAAAAAUAAUAGAUUCUAA